CCUCCCCCCGCUGCUCGCUCCUGCCUGCGACAGCACCGGACCGGAGGCACGUUAACGGAAAGAAGAACUCGCUCCGCACGUCGCGAAGGCCCCCGGCGCUCUCACACGGACGACGGACACAAACACCCACAGACACUCUCGCGUCUGUUUUUUUUUUUUAAAUUUUUGUAAAAGCACUUUGAACGACGUGUCUAUAUAAAUAUUAAUAUAUAUAUACAUAUAUAUCUAUAAGGAUUAUUUUAAAAGUCAGUGCUUGUAAUGGCGACAGCUGCCGUGUCUGCCCCCGCCGGCUGCGGCCCCAGCCCCGGGUCGGGAGCGGGAGCGGAGCUCGUCCGCGGCCAGGCCUUCGACGUCGGACCCCGGUACAGCAACCUCUCCUACAUCGGGGAGGGCGCCUACGGGAUGGUGUGCUCUGCUUAUGACCGGGACAACAAGGUGCGCGUGGCCAUCAAGAAGAUCAGCCCCUUCGAGCACCAGACGUACUGUCAGCGCACGCUGCGGGAGAUCAAGAUCCUCCUGCGCUUCAAACAUGAGAACAUCAUCGGCAUCAACGACAUCAUCCGCACGCCGACCAUCGACCAGAUGAAGGACGUAUACAUCGUCCAGGACCUCAUGGAGACGGACCUGUACAAGCUCCUGAAGACCCAGCACCUGAGCAACGACCACAUCUGCUACUUCCUGUACCAGAUCCUACGAGGGCUCAAGUACAUCCACUCCGCCAACGUGCUGCACCGCGACCUGAAGCCGUCCAACCUCCUGCUCAACACCACCUGCGAUCUCAAGAUCUGUGACUUUGGCCUGGCUCGCGUGGCAGAUCCCGACCACGAUCACACCGGGUUCCUCACAGAGUACGUGGCCACGCGUUGGUACCGAGCACCGGAGAUCAUGCUCAACUCCAAGGGCUACACCAAGUCCAUAGACAUCUGGUCAGUGGGCUGCAUCCUGGCCGAGAUGUUGUCCAACAGGCCCAUCUUUCCGGGGAAGCACUACUUGGAUCAGCUCAACCACAUUCUGGGGAUCCUGGGUUCCCCCUCCCAGGAGGACCUCAACUGCAUCAUCAACAUCAAGGCCCGGAACUACCUGCUGUCGCUGCCCCUGCGCUGCAAAGUGCCGUGGAACCGCCUCUUCCCCAACGCCGAUCCCAAAGCUCUGGACCUGCUGGACAAGAUGUUGACCUUCAACCCUCACAAGCGGAUCGAGGUGGAGGAGGCGCUGGCGCAUCCGUACCUGGAGCAAUACUACGACCCCACGGAUGAGCCGGUCGCCGAGGCUCCGUUCAAGUUCGACAUGGAGCUGGACGACCUUCCCAAAGAGAAGCUGAAGGAGCUCAUCUUCGAAGAGACCGCACGUUUCCAGAUGGCCUUCAGGUCCUAACGCCUCACGCGAGAUUGACUCUGUGGACCGGCCUCUCUGCGUUGCCACUGCUCCUCCUCCCUGCCUCCACACUGUUGCUGUGAUAUAUAUACACACACACACACACACACACACACACACACAUAUAUAUUUUUUAUUUUUUAUUUUCCCUCUCCUUGCUUUCUAACAUCACCCGGAUUCCUUGGGUCUCACUCGUCAAGUCCACUUUACUCAGGAAUGGCGUCAGGAAUCAAUCAAUCAAUCAAUCAAUCAAUCAAUCACUCUCCUUUUCUCCUCUCUCUCGCUCUCUCUCUAUGGGUGUGAUGACAUCACAGCUUACAGUUGGGGGGGGGCUGCUUUUGUGAUUUUAAGCCAAGAUAAACAAUUUUUGGGUGUUUGUCCCUAGUGCGUUUUUUGCUCUGGCUUUUCUUCUUUGAGACUUUUUUUUCGUGUCCAGUUGAAUCACAGUGAAACAUAAAUAGCUGUUGUGGGGUGGUUUUGUUUUUUUGUGGGGUGAAAACUUUGCCUACGUUGCACAAACGACGGAUGUAUUACUUAAAAAAUAUAUAUAUUCAGCCAUCAUAAAAACCUUUGUCGCACUCUUACAAGGGAUAACGCGAAUGAAACCAACUGAUUUAUGCAACGAAAUCACAUCAUCAGCCUCGAGCCGUCGCUCGCCGUUGAUGAGGAUCGAUAUUUCAUCAGGCGAUCUUGUAUUUGAAUCCUUAAAACUCUCACACGGAAGGCCCCGUAUGCAAAUAUAUACGUAGAAAUAUAUACAUAUACACACAGCCUAAAGAAUCUUAAGAUUUUUUAAAUGGCGCGCGUGACGACAGAAGGUGAAUCGGACGAAGCCCCGUCGGCUUCAGCGAGACGGCGUUUGAAAGGUUUCGCCGCCGUCGAUUUCUGCCUUCAGCCACGAGAAACUUAAAAAGACAAAAAGGUCAGUUUAUUCCACACCAGUCUGUAUGUGGAGAAUCUUCUCCAUAUUUUGGGGGAAACGCACUGCAUCAGGAGAAGAAAUAAUUUAUCACGACAACGUUUGUUUGCUUUCUGGAGGAGUGUUGUCGUGCCUCCCCUUUUCGUCCCGUCUCGUGUUUCUUCCCCUUUUCUUCGGCCUCUUGUUUAACUCUCUCUCUCUCGCGCCUUGUCAGAAUAAAACUGUGCCCUUUUGCAUGACUGUUAUAAGCUCUGUAUACAAAGACGACAAUGUUAUCAAGUGCCACACAAGCCGGGCAGAUCCGCCCUCUGUGGAUAAUAUGAAUAUAUAUCACACCUCCCAAAUCACACGGUGCUUUUCGUCCGCUCCUCUCCGUUCUCUUUUGUCUCUUUCGUGUCUCCGGUAUCGUUUCUUUUCCACGUUUUCAGUCUUCGGCCAAAAUGUCCACGUGCAUGCAGAGACGUCUCGUCGUCGGUUUGCAAAUAGGAGAAUAACCAUAUAUCUGUAUUUAUACCAGUCAACACACACACAAAACAACAACAACAACAACACAACCUGAGAAACGGGAUCCCAGGCAGCGUGAUAGAGCUAGAAAUAAAACUCAAAAUGUUUUUUUUUUCCAUUCACUUUUUCUUUUGCUUUAAUUGCACAUUUUCACGCUGAUGACAGUCGGCAGUUGUUCGGCACCAGCAGACAACUGCACUGAAACAAAAACAAAAAUAUAUAUAUAUAUAUAUACAUAUACAUAUAAAUCUUACAUCCGAACUGCAGCAGAAGUCAAAACCGUAGAUCUUCACUUCUUGUCAGUAACUGCUGAUUAAAGACUGUUGAAUUUGGAGAUUUUAUUUCAAGUGAAAGCAAUUAUGACUUCGGAGAUUAUAUAUGUGGAUUCUUUUGGGGGGGGGUGUAAACACAAACCAGCCAGUAGCCGAGAGGCACAGACGUCAUUUCAUUUUGAGUUGCACUGCGGCGUCUAUAAUGGCUGUCAUUUCUUUUUUUUCUUUUUACUACGAGUCACGAGAAUCUGUUCAGCGUCGCGGUACAGUUACAGAUUUCAGAACGACAACUUCAAAGUAUAUAAUCACAUACGACAUGAUGUACAAAAUGUACCCGAAGGGGUUCUUUAAGAAUCUUGACUCCUCUGGCACUUAAAAGGGAGAAAUUAUAGACUUAAAUCUACAAUGAUAAAAAUUCUAAACUUUUUUUUUCUUUCAGAGGAAUUAUCUCACUGAACCUCCUGAACAGACGUUCCAUCUAUAUAUUAAAUAUUCAUCAAGAAGUUUUAUCUUGAUGAAUGACGAGAGACGAAUCGUUGACCAGAUCUGUCGAGUUAGAUAUUUAAUCUGCCGAUCGACUAAUCGAUUAACCGACAAGUCUUUGUUAGAAUUUGUCAGCAAAUCAGAUGAACAAGUUUAUGAUUCAAAAAUAUAUGAAGAACAUCAAUGAUGAAUUGACAUUUGACAUUUUACUCAAAUAUAUGUCUUAAACUUAAUUUCCAAAUAUUUGAUAUAAAAUGUAUAUUCAUUUCCAGAAAACAUCAAAAUCAAGUGUCACGAGGAACAAAAAUGGAAUAAAAUGCAGUUAUUGAUCAUCGUAGUUCCCUCUUUGAUGAGGCAAAUCAAAGAAAAAUGGUUUUGAUGGUUCUGUCCACUGAGAUUUAACUUCUUUUUUUUUUUUAAAGACCAAAAUUGAAUUUUCUGAAACAACAGUUGUUGCACUUACUAACUUCACCUGCACAGACGUUAACGGUUAAAGACACACACACACACACACACACACACACACACACACACACACACACACACACUCUCGUCUGUCACAGUUAUUCGAUGCACUUGCUUCUCCAGUCGUCGGGGACGGGACUUGUAAAUCCGAGGUGCCUGCUGGGACUUGACUUGCCUGUAGAUAGUCUUUUUGAUUUUUUGAGGGGUGUGUGUUGGAACAUUAAGGGCACUGGAAAAGAACCUUACUGGUAUUAGUUGUAUGAACAAAAACAUAAAACCUUAAAAAAAAGAAGAAGCUUCUGCCGAGUUCUCUGUGCAUCCUGUCUGUUUGUGCCUUUUUUGACGGUCUUGAUAUCCAAGAUUUUGACGUGCAGCUUCUGUUUAGUCGGGAGUCCGUCGUACUCGCAGUAUACGCUCUUAAAGAUGAACACAAUCAAUCGGGGGGGGGUCUUUCUCUUUCAGUUAUGUACAUUUAUAAAGAGAAUUGUUGCCACAGCUGAUUUGUGAUUUGUGACUGUAUUGAAAAAGAUGAAAAGGAAAAAUUUAUAUAUAUAUAUUAAUUUUUUUGCAUUACCCAGUUUUUUUCUUUUCUUGAGCCUUUAUUUUUUUUUGUUGAUGUUUCUGUGCAGAUAUUUUUAUUGUUAAAAUGAAUGUCAUGUUUCUAUCAGACACUAAGUCUCGUUUUGAGUCGUCUCCAGUGGAACUUCUUCACUCUGUACGUUUUUGAUCAGUAUAAAUAAACCUUUUAAUUGUGUAGUUAACAUUUCUCAAAGGCAAAAAAAGAAAGAGAGAAGUGAGAUGACCCCUGGUUGUACUUCAAAAGGUUUCGCUUCGAUCUGCCAUAGGAAAUUGUUUGAAUUUGAAUCAAGUCGGUUUCUUUUCUUUUUUGUUGUGUGAAGGAUUUGACUUGACGACGCAUUUCUUUGCUCUUUAUUAAAGACUGACUGCCACUUUGAAAAAUCUUUUUCUUUUUUUUUUUUGCAACUCUGCCAAGACAUUUAAAUGGACGUUCAUUAAACAAAACACUGAACCUUC